AGUCUUGAGAGAAAGAAAUACGCCCGCGUAGCCACGUGGGGCGAAUCACACAUGACUGGCACAGCUAGUAGCUAACAAAAUAAAAUAUGAACCUUAGUUAGCUUUCUAGCUAACCUACCAUGGAGGACCUACCUGCAGAUAUCAAAGCUUUCCUUCUGAAUCACCCAUUUUUUGAACUUACCGACGACGGCAAAAAGAUCAAAUGCGUACUCAAUGGACAUGAUUGUCCUUGCAACCUCACAGAGCUCCAGAACUUCACCAAAGGGAAGAAAUAUCAGAAAAUGUGUUCUAAUGCAGAGUUCAACUAUAGUCAAUAUGAACCACAUGUUGUGCCCAGCUCGAAGCAACCCAAUCAUCUCUUCUGCAAGUUGACGCUCAGACACAUCAAUCGCCUGCCACACCAUGUCUUACAGCAUGUCAAUGGGAAGCGGUUCCAAAAAGCGAAGAAGAAAUAUGAAGAGUGUGUGCAACAGGGUGUGGAGUACAUGCCAGCCAGCCUCCGACAGAAGCAGCCCAGAGAUAGAGAGAAAGAUGGGGAGAGGGGGCGCAACUUUCAGCGGGGGAAUGGAGCGUGGGCUCCUGACUCCAGCGAUGAGGGAGGCAGUGACUCCGAGGACAGCAUGAGUGACCUGUACCCCUCCACUUUAUUCUCUCUGAAAAAGGAGACAGAGGGUAUGGAGGAGGAAAAAUAUGCCUUUAAAACAGAUGAUGAGGAGGAGAUGGAGAUUGAUAAACAGGCGCCACAGAAACGCAAGAAGGUUCAGGAUGGGGGUUUCCAGAAGAAAUUCAAGAAUCAUAACUGUAAAAGAAAAGGUUUUAAAAACCAUGUUAAAAAUAUAAAAUAAAGGUGAAUGCUGUGCCCAUGUUAAAAAUGGAAAAUAAAGGUGAAUGCUGUGCUUCUCGCACUUUGA